AAAGAACUGUCUCUUAAAACCGGUUUACAGAUACGAAGUAACAUAGUGUUCCGCCAACCUCCUGGACAGAGUUCGAGGUUUGAAUUAUGUAGAUAUUAAAAUUUUGAAAGAAUUUGCGGCGUCCUUGCGGAAUUUGAAAUCAAGCUUAAUCAUUUCAUCAACUCAUUGCGAAGGCUUGGCAAAUAUCAGACAGAAUAAGAUGUGGCUGAAGUCUCUAUGGAUGACUGUGAAUUAGAUUUGUUAUUAAAAGAGUUGGAGGCUGAUUAUACAGAUGCCCUUAAAUAUGUUGAUCGUGAAUUGGAGAAAAAAACCACCACUUUGGUGGUUGAUGAUUAUGAACGACUUCAGAAAAUUGGGCAGGGAACAUUUGGUGAAGUGUUCAAAGUUCGCCAUCGAGUUACUAAACAACAUUAUGCUUUGAAACGACUUAAAACAGAGCAAGAAACAGAGGGUUUUCCAGUCACUGCUCUACGAGAAAUUAGAAUUCUCAGCUCACUUUCCCAUGAAAAUGUUGUGCGUUUGCGAGGCGUUUGUCAUAAAAAAGCUGCCCCUUCUAGCAAUUACAGGUACGAGUUCUAUCUCCUGUUCGACAUUUGUGAGCAUGAUCUAGCAGGUCUAUUAGCUCAAAAAGUCGAGUUCAGUCUCCCAGUGAAGAAAAGCAUAAUGCAACAGUUGCUUACGGGACUUUACUUUUUACACAAAAAUAAUGUUCUUCAUCGUGACUUAAAAACAUCUAACAUACUAAUUGAUCGUGAAGGUGUUUUAAAAAUAGCAGAUUUUGGUUUGGCAAGGCUUACAGUCACUUCUAUUCGACCUGACCGUGCUUCUCGUUAUACUGGUCGUGUAGUAACUUUAUGGUAUCGACCUCCAGAAAUCUUGCUCAAUGAUCGUUAUUACGGAAGACCGGUAGAUAUAUGGGGUGCUGGUUGUAUUAUGGCUGAGCUUUGGACAAAUUACCCAAUUAUGCAAGGUGAGAAUGAACUUCUUCAACUUAAUUUAAUUAUUCAACUUUGUGGUUCUAUCACACCGGAAGUUUGGCCAGCUGUUCAGAAUUUAGAAACUUAUCAAAAAAUAAAGUUACCCAAAGAUGUUAAACGUCAUGUCAAAGAAAAAUUGACACCACAAAUUCCAUGUUCAUCAGCUGUUGACUUAAUUGACAAAUUACUAGUAUUAGAUCCAAAUAAACGUUUAGAUGCUGAUCAAGCUUUAUCACAUGAUUUUUUCCAUGAAGAUCCACCUCCUGGUGAUUUAAGCUGCCUUUCAAAGAAUGGUGCUUCAUUUUUAGAGUAUUUAGGACAAGCUAAUAGAGCUAGACGUGGAUUAGCAAAUAAUUACCGUAAUGUUGCUAAUCCUAAUUUCCCAACUAGGCGAGGUCCAAAUGUUAUGGUCCCUGGACCUUUACCAAAUCAACAAAUUAUUAACCAACCAUAUCAACGUUAUCGUGGUCUUCCACCGGAUCAAGAUUCAUCUAACAUCAAUGAUCGUAUAUUUUAAUCAAAGUGAAGGAUUCAAUGUUAUCGAGAAAAAAAAAUUGUCCUUAUUUGUAUAAUUUUGUGUAUAUUGCAUUUUUACAAACAAAAGUAAUUCAAUUAGCCUGCAGAAGCAGUAGAAUAUUGUGAUAACUACAAAACUAAUAAUAAUAAUAAUAACAGCAACAUAUACAGAGUUUAUUUCAGUCUUUAAGAUUUGUAUUUUUCUAGUCUCAAUUACAAUUAUAGUGUGAAUAUUUGUUAUGCUUGAGUGAUAUGAUGAUGAUGAUGAUGACCAUGAUGAUUGCAUUUUUCUCUAUCUCUCUUUCUGUAAUUUGAUAUUUAUUAGUCUACUAAAGAAAUUUCUUUCUUUUUUUUCGCCUGUCAUUUAGUUUUUUUAAUUAUUAGGAUGAAAGAAACAUCUCAAAUAUAAAUAAUACGAACGAA